GCCGCUCCACACACCCGGCGCACCAGCGGGGCAGUCCGGCUGCAGCAGCGGCUCGCUCGGACCACACCAGCCCGUAUUACAUUUCCACUGGAAAAGAUUAUAAAACUGGAGUCGACCCGUCUCCCUUUCUGCUUCGUGGCUCAGUUUUCCCGGGAACCAGAGGACCAGCUGACCAGGGUGGUAGCAGCCAGGCCGUGCCCAGAAAGAGGUGCCUUACCAGGGGUAAUGAAGAAGAUGAAGGAUUAGAAGAUAAUCCAUGAUGGUUCCAUGGUGCGACCGCAGAACCGUUUGCAGCUGGACCUAUUUCUGAGCUGAUGUCGACAAAGCCAAAGCCCAAAGCAAGCCAGGCGACCUGACCACACUCCAACUGGCCCCGGCUGCCUCCAGGAACACAACUGCAUAGUGUUCUCCUCAAUUUAUGUCUGUUUAAUUCAGCCAGCUAUGCAUAACAACAAGCUACAAAGAGUGGGACAGAGUUUGGCCUGCACAUGAUAAACAGAGAUAAUAUUUCAGUGAACUAUUUGGCGCUGCAGGCCUGGAGUUCAACUCUUUAGCUUUAGAAAUUACAUGGUUUCAAGAUCUUGGAAUAACCUUUCAGGGCUAUUUUUUAGGUCUGUACUUUGGACUACUGAACUGUCCUUUUUUUUUUUUUGGGAAAAAUCUGAAACGGGAAAAAUUGACCUUGAAUUCAGUUCAGCCUUUCGGUCGGAUUAAAGGCAAUUCAAGACUCUGUUUCGGUUUUAUUUCUUUAGAAGUAUUAAGCCAGUCGCCUCUUCUCACCAUGAAUCUUCAGGAGAAGCUGUCAGGCCUUAAAGGUCUGGUCACACACUCCCACAGCAAGCGCCGCUUUAAAAGUGACCUCACAGUGGAAAUGAUCAGCCCUCCUCUGGGUGACUUCCGCCACACCAUGCACGUGGGCCGAGGGGGCGACGUGUUCGGGGACACCUCCUUCCUCAGCAACCACGGCGGGACGGCCAACGGGAACAACAGGGACACGGAUUCUAUCUCCAGCCCUGACAACAAGAUCGGAGCGUUCUUCUCCAGGACGCUCCGUCAAAUCAGGAGGGGCUCUGACAACCGACCCAGAGGAGGAUCCAAGGAUCUGUCACCGCCGCCGCCAGCUGUUUCUCCCAUCAUCAAGAACGCCAUCUCCCUCCCCAGGCUGGACGUGGAUAUGUCUAAUGGGAGUCCCACCACCAAGGUGCUCUUCCCCAGCUCUCAAAGUACGCCAAUGGAGAAGAAAAGCUCUUAUGGUCUGGAGUCUGGCUUCGUCACUCUGCCUCGUCAGUCCCGCUCUGAGCGUCAGCAGCCCUCCAUCUCCCUCCCCAUUUCCCGCUCUCCGAACAUCCACCGAGGCUCUCUGACCGACCCCGCCGAUGCCAUCUUAUCCACCUGCUCCGCCACGACUGUGACCUCACACCCCAAUCCCACCACCACCACCACCAGCACCAACGCUUACUCUGACUCCCUCCCCUCCCUCACCUCCCUGGACACCUUCACCUUUGACCUCGGCCCCUCCCUCAUGAGCGAGGUGUUCGGCCUGAUUGACGGCCACGCGGAGGAGCCCGGCCACGCCUGGGAGGGAGAGGAGGCGGGGUCGGCGUGCGGGCUGACCAACGAGGGCUCGGAGAUGGACUCGGCUACUAUCUCGUACGUGGAUUCCCUGCUGAGGGAGGACUGUGGGGGCCGGAAGAGCCCGCACCCCGCCGACUGGGAGGAGGAGGAGACUGUGAUGGAGGUAAACGGAUUCGGGCUUUCUGUUAAAGUACCGGACGUGGUGAUGGGGUCUCCUGAACGAGCGAGGUUGGGAAUGGGGAUGGAAAGCGAGCGGUUCCAGAGCGCCACAAAUGUGCUCGCGCGCCAUUAUGGCGUCAGCCUCUCAAAGGGACAGAGCAGGAUGGAGGCUGCAGAUACAGAGAUGAUGAUCGUGAGUCAGCCCAAGAAGAAAAUGUCCUACACUUACAUGGACGAUGAGGAUGAAAUCAAAGUCUGAGCCGAGCAAAUCGGAGAUGUCUUCACAUUAACUAAAAUAAAUCUUUAUGUGAUGUAUGAUUCCUCUGUAAUUCCAAUCAAAUCAAUCAUCUAAAAUCUGUUUCUGGUCAAUGAGGCUGGCUCUACUGACAGGAUGACCAUGAAAACUACAGCCUGAACCCAGUAUCCUUCAUACUGGAUCUUUUACUCUUACACAAUUACGCUUCAAGGAUGCUUCAAGGAUGCUUCAAGGAUGCUUCAAGGAUGCUUCAAGGAUGUCCAGUUUUGAUGCAAACCCGUGGCUGAAUGUAUCUAAAAGGAGUGAAAGACUCGAUGCUGCAGAGGCAGAGAAAGGGAAACCGCUUUGUUUUUACUUUCUUUUUCCAAAGGUCAUGACUCAAAAAAAAAGCCUUAAACGAAAAGGAUGCGUGGAAAGUGAGGAUGUACCAGAGAAUGUGGUUAAGAUUGUCGCAGAGGAAACACCGACAUUACUCAAUGUAGAAGUUACAAAAGCCUGUCAUUCACUUUAUACUGCAGACGCUUCUUCACAUUGGAGAAGGGGAAAAGAUUCUCCAAAAAAAAAAAAAAAAAGAUUUCAUCUUACUACAACCUGUUUGGUUUCACUGCAAUCUCUUGUCAACUUUUCACUCAGGAAUACACUACCAGGAGAGAAGAAAAGGGAAGAGAAUUAAUGAGAGAUCUGGAAUCUCAGGAUCAGCCUCGUCAGACAAACAUUAACCAGAGAAACGUCUCAGUUGUCAAACUGCUCAGACUGAGGGAAUAUGACAUGUUCAUGCCGGUAUUUUUGCUAGAAGCAAUUAAAUCCUGAACCAUAUAAAUGUUCAUUUUAUGCUGCAGACCUUCUAUAUAGAUACUCCGUGCACCUUUUAUGAAUAUGAAGUCCGACUCCUGUAUUGCUUUUUAUAGAAGAUUUGUCAUUUAUAUGUUCUUUUAUACAACUGUACAUGAAGAUAUCAACUGACCUCCUAUAAAUACGUACUUACAGUAUGAGCACCUGCAGUACAUAGUGCAAUUCACAUCCAUAUGCUGCAGUCAAUACCAAUGAUAUACUAUGAUGAUAUAAAUUGACAAUAAAGAUGUUUUUAAUUAGG